AUGGAGAACAAUACAAACUUGAAAGUUACUAUGAAAGUGUUGACAUUAAUUCUUUUGUCUGUUUUUGCUUACUCAGAGUUGACUGGCCUUUCCGAGUGUGGGAGUGGGAGGUCGACAUAUUUUGAGUAUAACGACAAUGGAGCUUGUGGGUAUGGUCCAAUUGUGCGUGGAGGUUCUUUUGGUUCCAUAGGAUAUGCUGCUUUGAAUGAAGAGAUGUAUAACAAUGCUGCGCAGUGUGGUGUGUGUUAUGAAAUAGUAGGGCCAAAGGGUGUGUUGUAUGUGCGAAUAGUCGAUGAAUGUCCAGCAAAUGAAGCCAACCCUGGGUGUCAUGGACAGUAUGUUGCGUUUGAUAUUGGAGAAGAAGGUUUUAGUACUAUAGGGGACAAAGCUGUUGGUGGUGCGAAUAUCACAUAUCGCAUGGUAGCCUGUGAGAUCUCUACAAAUCUGAUAAUUAUGACACCAAGUGGCAUUUCCCCGACUUUUUAUGCAUUUGUAGUGAAGGAUCAUACCAUUGGAGUCUCUCAAGCUGAGAUUUCGAGUGAUAACAAAACUUUUUUUAAUUGUCAAAGACAAGCUUGGAACACAUGGAAUUACACACCACAAACGCCAUUGGUUGCUCCUCUUUAUAUUAAAGUGACUUCUAUAGCCGGUGAUGUCGUUUAUGCCAAAAUCAGUGAUAUCGCAGAGAACAAAGAAUAUCUCGCAGACGCAAAUUUUAAAGUGCCGACGGAUCUUGUGUUUGAUACAAAGACCUUAAUCCAUUCACAAAAGACUGAAUCGACGGAUAUGAAGUGCUGCUCGGUACCUGAUGAGUAUUCUAUUCUCUACGAUGAUGGUCUUCUUGGGACGUGGUAUGAAAAUAGUUACUCAAUUAAUAGUAUUAAUAUGGUUUAUAAUACUAAUUGCUAUCAAGGGAAAUGCAUAGAAGCAAAUAUUCAACAGUACGGGGCCCUCCAAAUUGUGGGAAGCUAUUCCGUCCCUAAGGAUCAAUUCUCUUCUCUCCAAUUUUAUGUCAAAUCUUCUUCAUGUGAGAAGUGUUUACUCGUUUCAUGUGGGGGUACAAAGAAUUCGGCAGUCUCAAUUAUGCAGAGUAAUGUGUGGCAACAAGUUCAGAUCCCGUUCACUGCAAUGGGAUGUUCUGAUAUAAAAAAUUUUGCGUUCCAAAACAACAAUCUCGAUACCAUAUUCUAUUUUGAUUCUAUUUCUUUACUACAAAAUCCGAAUGCUCCUUCUCUGGAAAGAUGUUUUACUCUUCAACCUCAAGACCCUAGUCAAUCUGAUGGCAAUCAGAAUCCAAUCUCAUCAUUACUCAUUCUCUCAAUCUUCUCUCUCUUCUUAUUAUAA